AUGGGAGAUCAAUAUCCACAUUCACCGACACCGAAAAAUUACCAUAGCAUCCUUGGAGUCCCCAAAACUGCAUCCCUAUCAGACAUUGGCAAAGCAUACAAAUCCCUUGUCAUGAAAUGGCAUCCAGAUAAGAACACAUCCAACAAAGAAGAAGCUGAAGCCAAGUUUAAAGCUAUUAAUGAAGCCUACAGGGUUCUUACUAACAAGAAGAGAGAAGAAAUGAAUGAGCCAACAACCCCUGGUUAUCGUCGGAAUAGUGUCAAUGACAGCUUCUUUUCCGGCAGCCCUUCGGCUUUCUCUCCGAACUCAGUCCGAAGGAGCAAAACCCCGACUCCGAGUUCGGCGGCCUUCUCGAGAAAUAGGAGCCGAAGAAGCACAACUCCGACUCCGACAGACUUCUAUGCCUCCAUAUCAAGAACUGCUAGUGGUAAUGUGAUACAAACAACAACCCCUACACUUAGUGCAAAACCAAAAGAAUCCUCGAAAAUCGCCACCAGGAGGAACAACACUACGCCCAUCAUUUUUUCACAAUCAGCAGCUCGAAAGAAGCCCCCGCCUAUUGAGAAGAGGCUCGAGUGCACGCUUGAGGAGUUGUGCCACGGAUGUGUCAAGAAGAUCAAGAUUACCAGAGACGUCAUCACAGACGGGAUAAUUGUUAAAGCAACUGAGAUACUAGAGGUAAAAGUGAAGCCUGGAUGGAAAAGAGGAACAAAGAUUACCUUCGAAGGAAUGGGCGACGAGAAACCUACAUGGCUACCAGCAGAUAUCAUCUUCAUCAUCGACGAAAAGAGACACUCAUUGUUUAAGAGAGAAGGGGACAAUUUGGAGCUCGGAGUUGAGGUUCCUCUAGUUAAGGCUCUCACAGGUUGCACCAUCACUAUCCCUCUGUUAGGAGGUGACAAAAUGACUUUAACAUUCAAUGAUAUCUUAUACCCAGGUUAUGAAAAGAUAAUUACAGGACAAGGCAUGCCUAAAACCAAAGAUCAAGGAAGAAGAGGUGAUCUUAGACUCAAGUUUCUUGUGAAUUUUCCCACAGAUUUGAGCGAUGAACAACGCUCGGAUGUUUUUAGUAUUCUACAAGAUUGUCCAUAUUGAUCAUCAAAAUUUUGUUUUCAUGUUUUUAUUUUUAUUAUUAUUUUUUUAAUGUGUUUGUGAUGGUAUAUAUUUAGAUUGGGUUACAAAUUGAUGUACAUAUAUGUCAACUUUAGUUUGUUAAUUAAUUAGUUACAAUGUUAGACAUGUGAGAUGAUAUAUAUGUACUGAUGCAUCCCAGCAAUGAUAAGGAUUAUGGUGAAUUAAUUAGCUUAUGCUUUGAUAAUGAAGUGUUUAGGACUUGUUUUAUAGUACUGGCAGUUCUACAUACAAUGAUGUGGU